CACAGCGCCCCUCCCGCAUCGGGUGCUGAAGUCCCGGCUGUUCGAAGCACCGGAGAUGUCUGCAGGCCGAGCACAGCGGUACGUCACGGAACAGAAACCUGCUGGGAGUUUUUUGAUGACUUUCCCUUGGGAGAGGUCAUUAAUUAUGGUAUCAGGAGGAGGUUUUUCACGCAGAGGGUGGUGACGCACUGAACAGGUUGCCCAAGGAGGCUGUGGAUGCCCCAUCCCUGCAGGCAUUCGAGGCCAGGCUGGAUGUGGCUCUGGGCAGCCUGGGCUGCUGUUGGCGACCCUGCACAUAGCAGGGAGUUGGAGCUGAUGGGCACUGUGGGCCUUUUCAACCCAGGCCGUUCUGUGAUCCUAUGAAAUUAACUUCGAAGUCUGUGCUAAGAAGGAGUUGCAGUUCAUCUCUUCUUCACCCAACCUUUGUCAUACUCCCAGUCUCUCUCUUUUUAAAUUCCAGUUUCUUCUCUGAAUUAAGUAUCCCUCAUUACUUAAUCCCUUUUGUCGUCCCUCAUGGCUCCCACAGAGGUCAGCUUUUGCAGUGGGUUAUGAUGGAUGUUUGCCUUUUUGGAUGGUUUUUUUUCCCCUUAAAUGCAUUAUAGAGGUCUGUGACUUGUAAUUUCCGAUGAGUGCCAUUCGCUCAUUUAAUUCUUCACGAUUGCUGUAGUAGAUGCCAAAGGCAUUUGCAGUAAUUGGAUGGCACUUAAGGGAUUAGUGAAGUCAUCCAAGCCACAGAUGGUUUUUUGUGCUGUUUCCAUGGAAGUCUUGCAGUGUCUGCUUCUAAAUUUAUUUGCCAUCUGAGUUUUGAAUACAGUCCGCUGUACAAAAGCCCUGCUGAUGGUGUGGCCGUGCCGCGUCGCCUCGCCCUGACUUUAAUGCACUGCAGUGGCAGAGUUGUGCCAUCUCCCUGAAUGAGAAGACUUGCAAAUGACUCAUUUGGAGUCAUUAACGUCUUACCCCAGCCAGGCUCCUGUGGCAGCAGGCUUGGAGAGAUCUGCUGUUCUGCCUUCACCUCCCUCUCUUGGGGAGAGACAACUGAAUGCUGUGGGGAACCCAGGAAAGCACCAGUAGAUGUUUGUCCUCUACCCGCUGAUGGGUGCUGAUCUUCCCUUCUCUCUGCUGCAGCUGUCUCAGCUCUGAGCCCUGGCCUGUCUCCAGGCCAUUCCAGGUGUGGGGAUUAGCUCCCUGCAGGUCAGCUUCACCUGACACAUUUUAGCUGUUUUUGCUGGAAUAUGGCCAAGGAGCUUGAGGUCUGAAUGUGACUGACAAGAGCUGAUGCAUCUGAGAUAGCUUUUUAAUGGCAUCCUUGGAGGAGAGGACAGGAUACAUUCUGAAAUGCUGUUUUAACCAGGAGCGAUACCAGCUGCUUAUGUCCUACGUGCCAGGAAGACUGACAGGCCUUGGGCUGGUUCUCCUUCCCUCAGUGUGGCCAGAAGCUGGCAGGUUUGUGUGUUGAACUCUGAGUGGUUUGGUAGUUCAUGGGGGUAAGUAAAGGGGAAGUCUGUUCAGGAAAGCUUAUCAGAGAAACACCAUAAGUAAUUCUUCAUUUAGUACUAGGUGGUGAUGUAAGAAGAUCAGAUAGGAGCAAUGAAGUGCUUUGCUUGAGAGCCUGCUGGGGCAGAUUUAUUUGGAAGUUGAUUGGAUUACAACCUCACAAGAGAAAUUUCCUGUCCCUUAUAACAGGAUAGAUGAGCUGGCAUGGAGUUGUGCUGCUGCAGGCAGGUUGCUCCCACCCUGCCACUGCUGUGUGCAGCAUGGCUCUCGGUGUGCCUGGACACAGCAGCCUUGUGCUUGCGGUACCAGCUGAGAGCUUAGAGCAGCAUGAGCCUCCAGAGCUCAGGUGCCAGGCUGGCUGGCUGAGGAUGUUGCUACUGGAACUUAUCCUUUGUGGGUCAAAUCUGAGUCCUGUGCGUGUUUUUCUGUGACUGAAAAGCGUUGCUAAUUGGGAAAUCCAGGGAGGAAAGGGCAGAGGCCUCAGCAUAGACUUUCUAGAUGUUGACGUGAUGUAAUUCCCCACAGGCCCGAGGGGAUGAAGUGUCUCCUCAGCACUGCAGCCGAGGCCUCUGACUACAGCUGUGCAGCCAGGACCCAUUCCAUACCCUUCCAGGUCAGGGAUGAUAACAGCUUGGCAAAGAAGCAGAAAGGUGAUGUCGGUCAUACUCAGAAGUAGGGAUGGACCUUUAAGUCACUAUUUAAGUACCUGCUCUGGCACCUAUCUGGAUGAUGCAUUUACUGCGGGAGCAUUUCCAGUGCUUCAGAAAUUCAGCCUAUGGGCAGUCUCAUCCCUGAAAAAACCUGACAGACAUCCCCCAUGAGUGCACACAAAUGGGAUCCUCCUUGGAAAGAGCACGUACUGGUUCACGUCUCAGCUUGCUGCUGGAGCUUCUCCUGGUGUGGAAGAGAAGUACGUCAUUGCGAAGAACAAGAAGGUUGGGAUUCUCUAUCGAGUGGUGCAGCUCUCCAUCCUGGCUUACCUGGUGGGGAAAGGAGCCAAGCCUUAACAAUUGACUCGUUAGAGACAAUAGCACGCAGGGCCAAGGUUGCUGAGCCCUGGGACAAACCGAGCUCGUCUGCAUGAAAUGUGUGGGUGUUUGUUGUCAAGAAAGGCUAUCAGGACACGGACACAUCCCUGCAGAGCUCUGUCAUCACCAAACUGAAAGGGGUGGCGUUCACCAACACCUCGGAGCUGGGGGAGAGGCUGUGGGAUGUUGCAGACUAUGUCAUCCCUCCACAGCUGGCACGUGUGCAUGAAGGGACAUGAGAGGAAAAUCAGGGUUCUGGGCUGAAGACUGCAAACGGAACCAUUUGUCUGGUGAAAACGUCUUCUUUGUCAUGACAAAUUUGAUUGUGACCCCAAACCAGAGACAAACCACGUGUCCUGAGGUAGGAAGAACUGAGUCCUUUGGCUCCCAGACCCCUACAAAACUGGGGAGUGUAAACAUUCCUGAUGCCUUGUGUCACCAGGACGAAGACUGUCCUGAAGGGCAAGCAGUGGUGGCUGGUAAUGGGGUUAAGACUGGCCGUUGUUUGAAAGACAGGGACAGCAUCAGAGGUUCUUGUGAGGUAUUGGCCUGGUGCCCAGUGGAGAAAAGAUCCAAGCCCAAGAAACCACUUCUCGCCAGUGCAGAAAACUUCACUGUUUUCAUCAAGAACUCGAUCCGGUUCCCCAAGUUUAAAUUCUCCAAGAUGAAUGUGCUGGCCACCAACAAUGAGUCCUACCUAAAGACCUGCCACUACAGCAUGGAGCAUCCCUACUGCCCCAUCUUCCUUCUGGGGAACAUCGUCAGAUGGACUGGGAACAACUUUCAGGAAAUGGCUUUGGAGGGUGGUGUGAUAGGAAUUCAGAUUGAAUGGAACUGUGACCUUGAUCAAGCCCCUUCUGAAUGUAAUCCCCACUAUUCUUUUAGCCGUCUGGAUAACAAGUUUGCAGAAAAGUCUGUCUCUUCUGGGUACAACUUCAGGUUUGCUAAAUAUUACCGGGAUGCCAAAGGGAUUGAGUACCGGACACUCUUUAAAGCAUAUGGAAUCCGUUUUGAUGUGAUGGUGAAUGGCAAGGCAGGGAAAUUUAACAUCAUUCCCACUAUCAUCAAUAUCGGUUCAGGAUUAGCUCUCAUGGGAGCGGGAGCUUUCUUUUGUGACCUGGUGCUGCUCUAUCUGAUUAAAAAGAGUAACUUUUAUCGAGGCAAAAAGUAUGAGGAAGUAAAGUCCAGUUCCAGGAAGUCAUUAACUAGCCCUACUCUGAAUGGGAGUCAGAGCCCAGACCAACUUGGUGGGCUCUAGACCUGGUGAUGGGUCUGUCAACUGGAAUCACAUUCCAGGAAAACUACACAGGUGUGAAAUGACACUGGGAAUGGGAGCUGGAGCUACCCCAGAUCAGAUCCACCAUCUAUUAUUGGGAUUUCCAGAGGAAAAAUGUCCUUUAAAGAACACCCUAUUUUCCCCGAGACGUUCUUGAACUUGCAAAACCUGUGUUCAUCACUAUGGAUUUAUAAAAGGAUUUUGUAAGAGGAAAAAGAAGGCACCAAAUGAAUGUUUAUAUAUCAACUGAUAGAUAGAUCUGUGCCACCAUUAUCCUGUGGCUGUGCUUUGCUUCCAAGUGCAAAAGAGAAGUGUUGCGAAACGCCACUGAUGUUUUCAGGAGGGUCGUGGCCAACAAUCAACUCAUCUCCUGCUCCGCUGGCUUGCAGCUGCAGCUCCCAGCUCUCGCUUUUGUUAUUUGCAAGAUUAGAUAUAAAGCAGCAGGACUGCUCUUGUCAGGACGUGCAAUGAAACGCAGCAUUGCAGAAUUGCAGCAACUGUGUCCAGAAGAAAGUGGUUAAUUAUCCUGUACUGCCCAAUUACUCUUAUUGCCCUGUUUUUGUUGUAAUCAUCAGAGCUAGGAGCGGUGCUCCUCCAGGAAAAGCUUCUACAACUACUGGAACAAGGUGCUCUGCUCGUCUCUCCUGGGAAUGUCCACAGCAGAACCUGCCACAGCUCUGAGUGGAGAAUCAGUUUCAGCCCCGGCUGGCUCCCAGCUACCUCAUCUGCUACACAGAUUCUCCAUUUAUAGUUAUAUCCAAAUAACCAUUAUUUCAGAGGACAGAAAAGAUAACAGCAUGCAGAGGAGUAUUUUAUGGACAGGGAGGGUAUUUUAGCAUACUGAAAAGCAACGUGGCACUGAGUGUGUGCAUGGAGAUAGUCCUCAUUUCUCCUUUCUUGGUUAGUGGUUGGUUUCAGUUGCUAAGAAUUGGUCUUUCUGCGUUGCUUACCAAUUGCUCAUGGUUGGGAGAGAUCUGGACAGGCAUUUCACGUUCCUGCCAUUUUUUGUUGUACCUUGGAAGUAUCAGUAGUGCUGUGGAGAUUGAAAAGCGAAACUCUGUCAGGUCAAACAGACUUCGCUGGGUUCUUCCAAAUGUAACAGAAGGAAAAAGAAGACAGACAUCCACUGUUCCAACACUUCAGUAUCUUCCAAGAAUCACAGGUGCUUUGUUGUUUCUCAAGAGAAAACUAAGUCACUGCAACCCAUUUGGUGAAUUUCUGUGGGGAUGCAAUUACUCUAAGAGGAGGAAAACACUUACAAAAUAAUGUUAUUUUCUUUUAAAGUUUGGAUUUGCUUGAGCUGACAGGAACUGACUCACUAAGGCGGUAGGUGAAUAUUCCUCUCUUUGAAAUAUUAGUCCUUUCACAGGGUUUAAAGGCCUCCUGCUGCAGCGUCCUUGCCAGGACAGUUGUAGAGAGGAUGGCAUUGCAGGUAGCUGCUGUGAUCUGCUGUUAUAUGCAGAUGGAAUCAGCGUGCAACACCUACCUCUGCUUUAAUUUCUCAAAAGCAUUUGUCCUGAGCAAGGUUUUCUUUUUUGUAAAUGAAAAUUCACCUUUGCUAGAAGUGGAAAGCUCCCAGUUCAGUCAUUAAUAGCAAAUCCCACCCAGUCCAGUCUACUCUCUCUGCUCCUGCUUCUGAGCAGAUGCGAGUAAAUACCAACUGGUCAAACAUCUAGCUAGAAAAUAGAAUUAAACACUGGAGUGAUAGUAAUUUAGGAUAAGGUAUGUACACCUGGUGCUGUAUUUACACUGCAAUUCUCCUCUUUGACCUAGAACUCUUGACAGAUAUGCAGCACCCUGCAUAUAAUGGACAGAUGACUACCAUGGACUACUGGAAUUACCAAUGAAAAAACACAGACCUUUUUCUAUCAUGGCCUAAUUGUAUUCAAAUAGUUUCUAGAUGGUAAAACACUUAGUAAACCCCACACGUGACGUCAGGCCAAGGUGCAACUCAGAGACCAGACAGCUCACCAUAACAUGUAAAGCUGACUGUGCCCAACUGAAGCCAAUGCUUCAACUUGACAGAAUGAUGUCCUUGUUAAACAACCAAAGCUUUUUCCCAAAUGUAAGUCUUCAGGGGCUUCAGUGCCCCCAGAACUCACGAGAAUAUCUCCCUCAGUCACACCAUUCAUUUGCACUUAAUAACAAUUGCAGUUAAUAAAACAUAAACAGCUUUCCUCUCAGGAUCUUGUUUGAUAUUUCUUUUUUUUUUUUUUUGUAUUUGAAGUACAGCAAUAAUGUUUGUCACCUUGGGGCAGUGCUCUGUUAAGACUCUGCUGUAAAACAUGUUACUUAGGUUGCACAUGCCAGUUUCCUUUGUGAUACACACUUAUGCAAAACAAUUCAAUUAAGAGUUCAGAAGACUUUGUAGUAUUUAGCAGAGUUAAUAGUACACGUGUCUAUAGAUACCAAUUAAUGUGCAAAAAGCAGCAGAUGGCAUGAAAAAGCAUACUAAUGAGGGAGUUAAAACCUUGACUGUUUUUUCUUCUCCGAAAAAGAAACAUGAGUUAGGCAAUGCUGACAGCACCAACCCCCCCUUUUUGUACAACCCUGCGUUUUGCCAGAACUCAGUUUUUCUGUAAAAUAUUUUUGAAUACAAAACCUCAUGUUGUAAAGUCUUUGUAUAACAAACAGGUAAUAUUUUAUAGCGUUCUGGUGAAGUGACGACCGACCCAAAGACCAGACAGCCAGAUGGCACAAGGUGUGGUUGUAGAAUAUGUGACAAAACCCUGUCAUUGCACAAGAGUUUGCUUGCUGCUUUCAGAUGGAAGGCACUAAACAGCGUUUGCAUAAGCAGCUCCAGAGCAAAGUGACUUAAACUGCCAUAGAGGGUGAUCAGAAGUUCCUUUCAGAUUCCGUCAGACACAGAGUACCAAAACAAUUGUAACAGCUGCAGAAAAAAGCCAGGGGCUGUAAUAAGCGGGUUCAGUACAGACUGUCUUGCAGGUAAUUAGACACUGCGUGCAUUUGAGUGCCUGUAUUUCACUGGACACAAUGGUAUUAAAACAGAGUGAUUGACUUGGGAGAACAUUACUUAUUGACUUUUGUACAUGGAGUGAGGAGCAUCUGUGACAAUGUCAUUUAUUUAUAGUGUGAACAUACAGCAACUGUGGAAGUUAACAUUUGCACUAACAUUUCAAAUACAUUUCUGUACCAAACCUUUGCAUACAUUUAAUUACAUGCUACUGUGAAAUA